AUAAACUUGCCAACAAACUUCAAGUUGAUAUUUGUUUUACUCUGUUUAGCUGAAUAUUACGUUUUGAUAGACAUUGGACAAAAUCUAGAUUGGUGUGUUUUGUUUAGUUUAGUAAUCAAUGAGCCUUAGGAUACCUUAUUAUUUGAGUGAAAUCAAGGAUCUUGAGAUAAAAAGCUCAAGUGGUCUACAAAAUGGCGACCUUUUCGCAAACAACAAUUGAAAAAGGAUCUGACAUUGUCGAGGACUUCUUGUGUUCGAUCUGCGAAGAGGAGGAACUGUACGAAUCGGCUGAUUAUUCUUGCGAAUCUUGCGUUAAGUUUUACUGCCGAAAAUGUAUUUACUUGCACAGCCAGUUGUUUAAGAAACAUUCUCCUCAUGGAAGGAGUGAUAUGACAAAAUGGCCAGUUGCCAAGAAGGUGGAAGAUUUCCUUGUUAAAUGUGAUGUUCAUAAGGAAGAAAACUUGGCAAUGUUUUGCGAAGAUCAUAGUCAGCUGUGCUGCAAUAAUUGUGCUUUCCUUAAUCACAGGCAAUGCAAAACGGUGAUGCUUUUAUCAGACUUGGUAAAAAGUACCUCCACAGACCUAAACAAAGUAUCAGUUACUAUCCAAACUACUCUGGCAAAACUAAAAAAGCUUCAAGACAACCAGGAGGCUAGCAUCAUAUCUGUGCAAAGUUCAUAUGAUGAGCAGUUACACAAGAUACAGGAAACUCGACAAAAAAUCAUUGCAGCCUUAGACAUGCUUGAAAAGAAGACACUGCAAGAAAUGAAAGUUACUCUUACCAAACUGCAAGCCUCUCUAAAAAGUGAUGUCGACAAAUGUUCCACUCUUCGAGAUGAAUUAAAACAGCUUGGAUAUGCUAUUCAUGACAUAAGUGAUAAAAGCAAGCAAGAACUAUCUUUCAUAGCCAGCAUUAAAUGUCAGGACAAAAUACAACAGUUUGAAAUGGAGAAAUUUGUUCAAGUAAAAUCUUUAAUAACUUUCCAACCUUAUAGUGAAAUUAUGCAUUACCUUUCUCAGUUGUCAGGUCUUGGGAGUAUUGAACACAGUACCCAGACAUUAACAGUGCGUGGAAAUCCAGACCAAAUCAUAAGGUUUGAUGGAAAGUAUGAGUAUGAUGUAGGCGUACAGGGUGAUUCAACUUGUUGCAGAAUCGAAGACAUAUGUGUUCUCCCAGGAGGACAAGUCCUUGUUGUAGACAGCCAAAAUAAGAAAGUCAUGCUGUUGAACAAGCAGUACCAGCUGGUGAGUCACUUUAGUGUAUCUGAUACGCCACAGUGCAUGUGUCAGAUCACACCCGAUGAGGUUGGUGUUACUGUCGGUUCCGAGGUCCAGUUUAUCAAAGUCUACAACAACCAGCUGGUGAAAGACAGAAAGCUUAAGUUUCAUCAAUACUGUUACGGUAUUGCCUUCCACCAGGGAGACCUUUAUUUAACUUUUUGUUCCGCCCUGUACAAGUACUCCCUGGAUGGUAAACUAGGCAUCAAACUUUACGAGGAUAACUCAAAUAAAUGGACAGUAGCACGCUGUGGAUUGAGCCCGACAGGUGACAAGUUGUAUAUCACGAACUCCAUCCAGCACAAGCUCAUCACCCUGGCCAGGGAUGGAUCAGUCCUUGCCAACUUCAAGGACCCUGAUCUGGAUUGGCCAAUUGGUGUACAUGUGACACCUCAAGGCCAGGUGCUGGUGUGUGGACAGUAUUCCGAUACUAUCCUACAGAUUGACAGUAAGGGUAGCAGGAAGCUGGCCACUUUGGCUACAGCGAUGGAUGGUCUUGACGACCCAUGCUCAGUCUGCUACAACAGCAACACUGACUCCAUUAUUGUGGUACAUCAAAACAACAAGAUCCUGGUGUACAAAGUGAAAUAGCUAUCAUUCUUGUAUCUGAUAAGUGUAAUCAUAAGUUAUAAACAUUACAAUAAAUAUAGCUGUUAGUCAAUAAGUGCUUCGUUACAAAUAUAUUAUAUGUGUAUUGUGAAGUAAGAAGUGAUAUAAAUGACAAUAGCUGUUUGGGUAAUAGUUUUAUGUUACAACUAAUCAAUUAUUUUUAAAUGUGGAUACUAUUUUUGUAAAAACAAUCUUUGACUCUUGAUGUUUUAGAAUGUGAUUUAUUAAGAUAUGUAUCAAGGAGAUGAUUGAUUGAUUGAUUAAUUUGCUUUUCCAGGUGGCUUCGAUAGAAUUUCGUCAAUGGAAGACAUAUCGAUGGAUAAUAAUAGCCGAUAUGUUGUCAUUAAUAUAUAUUUUUCACAUGAAAACUUCUUUUAAAUACAUUGUUGUUUUUUAAGAGUUUUUAUAAUUGUUUUCCAUCAUUUGGCGUUUGCUUUGCUUCAUAUAAUUUCGUACCUAGCGUAUAGAUGAUACAUAGAGAAUAAGAGGUAACGGCCUGUUCGUUUUGUAAUAUAUCGGGCGAAGCUUAGAAUAAAAUAACGGCAAGGCUAAGACAGUAUUUGUUUGUCCUGUUUAUCAUACAUUGACGUCCCCAUUUUAAAAUGACGUUUGCUACGACGCUGCAUUUUAAGGGGGAUGAUUUCUGACGUUUGACUUGUUAAUAAUGACUUCACGAGCAC